GCCCAGGCUCAGUUUUAGAGCCUGGGAACCCUGUCUACAAAAAUGACAGCUAGAGCUUUCUGGCUUCUCUGUUUGAUCGUGGGCUCGUCCCCCGAAGCCCCAGUGGCGGAGAGAAAAGCCUCGCCGCCGCACAACAGAAAGCCCGACCCCGGCAGCGGCCCGGGCGCGGAGGAGACACCGGGCCCCCAGGCGCAGACGGUCCCCGAGGCCGCCCCCGCCGCCCGCGCCUGGCCGGACCCGCGCCGCCGGAAGCCCGCGCCGCCCGCCGAGAACCGCGCCGGCUUCCGGGAGGCCGCGCGCGCGCCCGCCGGGCCGCCAGGCCCGCGCCUCUCGCAGGCCGAGAACCGCGCGUCGCCGCGCCGCGUGCCCGCGCCGGAGGACGUCCCGCGGCGCGCGCGCUCCCGGGCCCUGCGCUUCCCCGCCGCCCGGCCGCCCGCGCGCGCCGCCGAGGCCGCCGCCGGCCCCGCCCACCCCAACCGGCCGCGCGCCGCCGCACCGCCCCCGGGCCCUGCGCCCGCGCCCGCGCCCGCGCCGCCGCCGCGCCCGAGCUCGCCGCGGAGGGACCCGGAGGCCGACGCCGAGCCCUGCGCGCGCGCCUGCAGGACCGACCCGGACGAGCGCGAGUCCUACUGCGCCAGCGAGUUCGCAGUGAACGGAAUCGUGCACGACGUGGAUGUGCUCGGCGCGGGGAUCCGGCUGGUGACGCUGCUGGUGGACCGCGACGGGCUGUACAAGAUGAGCCGUCUGUACAUCACUCCGGACGGGUUUUUCUUCCGAGUCCACUUACUAGCCCUGGACUCCUCCAGUUGCCACAAGCCAUGCCCAGAAUUUAAACCUGGCAGCAGGUACAUUGUGAUGGGCCACAUCUACCAUAAGAGACGGCAGCUCCCCGCAGCUCUGCUCCAGGUCCUGAGAGGGCGCCUCCGUCCAGGGGAUGGACUGCUCAGGAGCAGCAGCAGCUACGUGAAAAGGUUUAACCGAAAAAGGGAAGGGCAAGUUCAAGCUGUGAUUCACACCCAGUGCACUUGAAGCAUACCACUUGGCAUUUCUGGAUCGCAGGAGACUUGGAAUUCAGCAACGGGACAUGAAAGGCCUAUCUUCAUGUAACGGGGUCUUCCUUUAGAAGACGGCCCAUAGCUACUUUAUGAAUGACUUGCAUAGUUCCAACUCUAAUCUUGGAGGUGUCACUUUCUUAUUACAAAAUGCUUCUUAACGGUGUGCUGAGCUCAGUGGCAAGGUUAUGCAACUGCAGUGCGGGACAGUGAUUGACACAGCUCAGACAAUGGACCUGUCCAGUCAACAGAUUGUUGCUCCACGUUGUUUUUAAAUUAUUUUAAUUUAAUACAUUCUGUAGUAGAAAUAGUUCGCAAAAAACAUUUUCUUGAAUUUAAAUAUACAACUUUGAAUAGCUUAUAUCAUGUUAUCAAAGCAAAUUUUAUACUCAAACCAUCACAUUUUAAAUUCUGUGCAGAACAGUAAGUGCACUAGUCAAAAGACAUUUACAUAUGAAAUGUCAUUUAGAUCAAACACUAGGGUCAGAGCCCAGGACAAGUAUUAAAAUUUUACAUUUAAAGAGUACUAAAGGGCUUAAUUCAAGCAAAAGUGUUCCUGAUGUACCAGAAUGUAUGAUAUAGUUUAUUUUCAUGCCUUCCUGCUCCUAAUAACUUAUGUUUUGUGCCAACUGGCAGCUAUCCCAGGACUAAACGUAUUCUGGGUGUAUCUGAUGUCAUUCUUCUAUUAAGACCAAGUAUCAUGUUUGUGUUUGUAAAGCAGUAAAUCUUGCCUUGAAAUCAGA